AUGAGGUUGUCAUUUAACAUCCUUUUAUUUAUUGCUAGAGAAAAUGUUGUGGUUGGUAAGCGUAAGUAUUUAGAAGAUAUUGACAAGUUGGAUACCAAAUUUGGCUUUGAACAAUGCAAGGAUAAUCGAGAACGUCUAGGAUGGCUGAUCAACAUGCAUUCAACGGAGCUCAUUGAUGAUAACGAAAGAAUCUUUAGUGCGGUUGAUUAUUACUUUGUGGAAGAAGAUGGAAGCCGUUUCAAGGUUACCAUGCCAUACAAGCCAUAUUUUUACGUGGCAGUCAAGAAGGACACAGAAGCAGAAGUUGCGUCGUAUCUUUUAAAGAGAUUCUCUGGAGUUUUAACAACAGUUGAUAUCAUCUCAAAGGAAGAACUAAACUUACCGAAUCAUUUAGCGGGUAUUACGCAGAAAUAUUUAAAGCUGUCUUUUAAUACCGUAACCGACUUUUUAACUGUCAGAAAGGUCGUGCAACCUGCUAUCGUGAAGAAUAUUGAACGAGAAAAAACACAUGAGGCGGAUAUGCUACUGACUAGGUAUAUUCCCAAAUUUACUUUUUCUAUAACAUUUGAUUCUGGUAAUCAUAUGGAAAGAAUGCAUUCUGAUGCUAUAGACAACUUAAUAGAUAUACGUGAAUAUGAUGUUCCUUAUCAUGUUCGUUUAGCGAUUGAUUUGGAUAUUCGGGUUGGUUAUUGGUAUGACGUUAAGAAUAGAGGAGAAUUACCGCCGUUGAUAACCAGACGUGACGAUCUCCUGGAUAGACCUGAUCCAUUAGUCCUAGCAUUCGAUAUAGAAACAACCAAAUUACCGCUACGAUUCCCUGAUUCCAGUAGUGAUGCCAUUAUGAUGAUAUCUUAUAUGGCCGAUGGUCAGGGUUACUUGAUCAUUAAUCGGGAAAUUGUAUCCGAAGAUAUUGACGAUUUUGAAUAUACUCCGAAACCUGAAUACGAGGGAUCAUUUAUUAUCUUUAAUGAACCGGAUGAGGUUAAUUUAUUGAAUCGAUUCUUUCAACAUAUAAUUGAAUUAAAACCCACUAUUUACGCUACGUAUAAUGGUGAUGCAUUCGAUUGGCCUUUUAUAGAGGCUAGAGCAGCAUUUCAUGAUAUUAAUAUGUCUGAAGAAAUAGGAUUUUCCAAAGAUAAUCAAGAUGAAUAUAAAUCACGAUAUGCAUGUCACAUGGAUUGUUACAGGUGGGUGAAAAGAGAUAGUUAUCUUCCAGUUGGUAGUCACAAUCUGAAAGCUGUUACAAAGGCUAAACUAAGAUAUAAUCCUAUUGAACUCGAUCCUGAAGAAAUGUGUAGAAUGGCCAGUGAACAACCUCAGAUUCUAGCAAACUAUUCUGUCUCUGAUGCAGUGGCCACGUACUAUCUUUACAUGAAGUACGUUCAUCCGUUCGUAUUCUCAUUAUGUACAAUUAUUCCUAUGAAACCUGACGAGGUAUUACGUAAGGGUAGCGGUACUCUGUGUGAAACACUGCUCAUGGUUCAGGCUUACCAAGCUAAUAUUAUAUUUCCUAAUAAACAAGAAACUAUUUUGACUAAAUUUACUGACGAAGGUCACUUAUUAGAAGAAGAAACGUAUGUUGGUGGCCAUGUGGAGGCUAUAGAAUCAGGAGUUUUUCGCAGUGAUAUCCCUUGUAAAUUUAAGUUGGUGCCAGCUGCGUUUGACAAAUUAACUAAUAACAUCAGGGCAACAAUGCGUCAUGCCAUUGAAGUCGAAGAAAAAGUUCCAAUGGAUUCCGUAACCAAUAUCGAGGAAGUUUAUGAAGAUAUUGCUGAAAAAUUACAGGCUCUCAAAAAUACACCUUCGCGCUUGGAAAAUCCUCUAAUAUAUCACCUUGAUGUUGGUGCCAUGUAUCCGAAUAUUAUAUUAACUAAUCGCUUGCAGCCUUCCGCAAUUGUUGAUGAAGCAACAUGCGCUGCCUGUGAUUUUAAUAAACCUGGCGCCAAUUGCCAAAGGAAGAUGGAGUGGACUUGGCGUGGACAAUUCAUGCCAGCCUCUCGCAGUGAAUAUCAUGCAAUAAGGCAGCAGCUUGAAUCUGAGAUGAUUCCCGGUAAAUCAUCCAAUGAGGAAAAUAAGGCCUUCUAUCAGUUAUCUCGAGUAGAACAAGCCUCUAUCGAAAAGAAAAGGCUUGCUGAUUACUGCAGGAGAGUUUAUAGAAAAGUUCAUCUCACGAACACAGGGCCACGAACUUCCACUGUUUGUCAAAGAGAAAAUUCUUUCUAUGUAGAUACCGUUAGGGCCUUUAGAGACAGGCGUUAUGAAUACAAACGUGCUUUAAAGAAAUGGAAACGAGAAGUCUCUACAGCAACUUCGAAAGGAGAUCCUGGAGAAAUUAAGUCAGCUAAAUCCAAAGAAAUACUAUAUGAUUCUUUGCAAUUGGCACACAAAUGUAUCUUAAAUUCCUUUUAUGGAUAUGUCAUGAGGAAGGGAGCUAGAUGGUAUUCUAUGGAGAUGGCAGGGAUUGUUUGCUAUACCGGCGCAAGUAUUAUUACUCGUGCACGGGAAAUAGUGGAACAGAUAGGGCGUCCGCUGGAACUCGAUACUGAUGGUAUCUGGUGUGCAUUACCUGCUAGUUUUCCGGAAAACUAUGUAAUACGAACAAAUAAUCCUCAACGUCCUAGCGUUAUCAUAUCUUAUCCAAAUGCAAUACUGAACUUGAUGGUAAAAGACGAAUUUACAAAUCACCAGUAUAACGAGUUGGUAGAUUCAACAAAGCUGCGGUAUACAUUUAGAAGUGAAAACUCAAUUUUUUUUGAGGUGGAUGGACCUUACAAAGCAAUGAUCUUACCUGCAUCUAAAGAAGAAGGAAAAAAGUUAAAAAAGAGGUACGCUGUAUUUAAUGAAGAUGGUUCGUUAGCGGAGCUCAAGGGUUUCGAAGUAAAGAGACGAGGAGAGCUCCAGUUGAUCAAGAUAUUUCAGUCCUCAGUUUUUGAGGCUUUCCUUUUGGGAUCAAGCCUUGAAGAGUGUUAUAAAUCUGUUUCUAAGAUUGCAGACUACUGGUUGGAUAUAUUACAUAGUAAGGCCAUUAAUUUACCGGAUAGUGAACUCUUCGACCUCAUAUCUGAAAAUCGUAAUAUGGCGCGCUCUUUAGAAGAAUAUGGAAAUCAGAAGUCAUCAUCUAUUAGCACUGCAAAACGCUUAGCUGAAUUUUUGGGGGAUCAAAUGGUCCGUGAUAAAGGUUUAAGUUGCCGUUUUAUCAUAUCAAGAAAGCCAGAAGGUGCUCCAGUGACUGAAAGGGCUAUUCCACUUGCCAUCUUUCAAACAGAACGUAGCGUAAAGCAUCACUAUCUUCGAAAAUGGUUAAAAUCUCCUUCUUUAAAAGAUUUUGAUAUUCGAUCAAUCCUAGACUGGGAUUACUACAUCGAACGAUUAAGUAGUGCAAUACAGAAGAUAAUUACUAUUCCUGCUGCCUUGCAAGGAAUCAGCAAUCCUAUUCCCCGCGUUCAACACCCUAAUUGGUUGCAUAAGCGUUUAUUAGAGAAGAACGAUAUGUAUAAGCAAAGCAGAAUAAGCGAAAUUUUUAAGAAAGAACCGAAAAAGAGUGAUGAUAGACAAACGAUCAAUACUGAGGAGAAAAUAAAUAACCCAGUAAUUGAUAUUGAAGAUCUGAGUUCGGGGAAGAGCUUCAAGAAGACAUCGAUUACAUCCACUGUUAAAAAAUUUUUCAGGAAGACGACGAAUAUUAAAGACUCAUCGAAAUCUGAUCUCGAAGAUCUAUCGCUCCCGUGGAAAGAUGCUUUAGGCAUUCCCCCGGCGCUCAACCGAGAUGAAGAGCAGUUUGGAGAUUGGUUACGCUUCCAAAAGCGGAAAUGGAAUUACCAAUUAAAGCAGAAAAAGAAACGUAGACAAACUCGUUCUGAUAGUGGUUCUUUAGAACUUGAAGAAAGAUGGGAUAUGUCAGCGAUGAUGAGAAAGCAAGCCAAUAUACUUUUAAAUUCUAUAUGGCAGAUCGUACAGAUUGCAGAAACGGAUGUCAUGGGGAGAUUUAGAUUAUGGGUAUUGAUAGGAAUCGAAAUGUAUUCACUCUACCUUAGAGUCCCGAGGAUCUUUUAUGUAAAUCUAAAAAGACCGAAACAAGGAGAAAGUGUCGUAUGGCGUAAGGUAAACCGACAACUUCCCCAUUCUUCUCAGGUUUACAAUUUGUAUGAAUAUUCUGUUCCAGAAGAGAUAUUUGCCGAACGCUCCGGUGAACUAUCUGCUGAGCUUUCAUCCCCCGAUGUUGAAGGCGUUUAUGAAGCGCAAGUCCCUCUUAUGUUUCGGGCCUUAGUUCGGCUAGGUUGCCUUUGCAAAGUUAAUAAAAAGGCAUAUUUAUCUGAAGCUUCCAAGGAUAUUACGGAAUUCGACUUACGUCAUUUAGAAUUUAAAACAUUAGCAGAACACUCAUAUUUGGAAUCCGGAAAUUUGAAAUAUAUCUAUUUAUAUCAUAGUCAUCAUGGAAGCAGAGCGGUCUUUGGCUUGUUUUCUCCAAUAAAUAGCGAAGCACAUGUAUUCUUGAUUGAUACUGUACGCACAAAUCAGAUUAACAAUUUGAGCAAUAUAUAUCAAUCCGAAUGGGGCGCAAAGUAUGUAUUCUCAAAUUAUGUUACUCUCCCGCCGGAAAAAUAUUCUUUCCAGUUGCACAUUGAAACUGAUAUGAGAAGGGUAUAUCGUACCUUAAUAAGGAGUCUAAUAUCAUAUAAGGAAAUGAGAUAUGGACCUACAAUUUUAUUAAUACAAUCUCCCACAGAUUACAUCAAAUUAGCAACGUAUAUACCAGCAAUUAACGAUUUUCCGGUCGCUUCUGUAUCGAGUAAUGACAGUGAUAACCGUUACCCUAUCUUGGAUUGGCAAAGACAUGCAGUGCGACGCAUGAUUCAACACCAUCUAAACAUCGAAAUAUGGUUAGAGAAUCGACUAGACCAUGCUCGUUAUGCUCACAUUCCUUUAGGCAACAUGCCUGCUGACGUUCCGUUGUUUGUUAACGAUUUAUUCUUUGCUCGCUAUUUGGCCAAAAAUAAUCAUUUAAUCUGGGCUUCUCGUACGCCAAGGCCUGACUUAGGCGGAAAAGAAGAUGAUGAUAGCAGUAUUGUAUCAGAAGAAUUACCGUCAAUAGAGCUUAACAAUCCUGGAUGUUAUCCUUCGGUUUCUGCCGAAAUCUCAAUGCACGGCUUAGCAGUUAGUUCUGUAUUGCAGUCGCUGCGGCUGGGAGACUUUGAAACAGACCUAACUUUCGAUGCGGCACCUCAGGCUUCAUUAGACGAUAUCGUGAUCACAAAUGGAAAUCCUGGGACAGAAUUAUCUUCGUAUGAUGAAAUGACUCUUUGUUCUUCUACCUUUAGGAUUAUGAAGAUUAUGGUUCACAGCUGGCUACAUGAAGUCUCCUCAUACGAAAAUCAUUAUGCUGAUCUGCAACUUAUGCAUUUCUAUAGAUGGUUGAAAUCUCCUUUAGCCCUGCUAUAUGAUCCAGCAAUGUAUCGAAUUGUUCGCUUUCUCAUGGAAAAAUUGUUUGCACAGCUACUCGCGGAAUUUAAGCGACUAGGGUCUACAAUUAUUCACGGAAGCUUUAGUAAAAUUAUUAUUUGUACCAAAAAGAGAAGAGUGAACGAUGCACGCAGCUACUUAGAAUUUAUUUUGCAAAGUAUUGCGUCUCGCGAUAUGUUCCAAAGUAUAGAACUUCGAUUUUCUAUGUGUUGGGAAUACCUGAUGUGGAUGGAUCAUGCCAAUUUUGGAGGUAUCCGCAGCAAGGCUGAUGUCUUUGAGUUUGACCAGAAUUGCGAUGAAUCAGAUUCAAUUAGCGAUGAAAACAAUGAGGAGAACGAGCUUCGCGUUGAAAUGAACUGGAAUAUCUGCAAGUAUUUACCUACCUUGGCAUCAUGCCAAGAUUUUUUUCAGAUUAUCAUAGCUGGUUUUGUACAUGCGAUGUAUAAAAAGCAAUGCGAUAUUACACCUGGGAACACUCCCGUUAAACGUUACGUUGGAAGCCAAUCGCAGAGUACUUCCUCCAGUGUUGUAACCUUUGCGCAACAAUAUAUCGAGAAAGAACUAACGCAACAGUUGUUUAGUCUCACUCAAAAAAUACAGAAAAUGCUGCCAUAUGGAAAUGCUGAGAAGGAUACUACUGACUAUUUUCCAGAUCUCCCUGGCUCUCAUCUGGUAUUGCGCAAUCCAGCGUUGCAGUUCGUUAAAGCUGUUUGCAAAGUUUUAUCGUUGGAUAGCCGUAUACAAAACCGAGUUAACAAAUUGCGGCGUGAUUUAUUACGACUAAUUGGUGUAGGAGAAUUUUCCCAAGACGCAAUAUUUCAAAAUCCCUGCAUAUCUUAUGUCAUUCCGGAGGUAAUCUGUACAUUCUGCAAUAGCUGCACAGAUUUGGACAUUUGUAGAGAUAUUCCAGUUAUACAAGAUGAUGUCCCAUAUUGGCGCUGUCUAAAUUGCGAGAAUAAUUACGAAACGGAAAUGAUUGAGCAGCAUUUGAUAUCUGUUAUUAAAAGACAAGCUGUGUCAUAUCUAGUUCAAGAUUUAAAGUGCUUAAAAUGUCGACAGGUUAAAGAAGAUGAUAUGUCGACUCAUUGUUCUUGCGCUGGUGAUUAUCUAACUACGAUCAGUACAGAUAGUGUCCUCAGCAAGUUGCGUAUAUUUGCAAAUUUAGCAAGGCAUUAUAAUUUGGCACAACUCCAAGAAACUGUGGAUUAUAUUAUAGAUUCAAAUCCUACGUUCAAGUUUGUAAUUGACAACAUCUGCUAA